AUGCGUACGCAGUCCGCAAGCGCUGCUAUAGACGACGCUUCCAUCAGCACUUUGGAUACGCUCAUACCAGGAGUCAGCUGGACCACAUUUCUGAACGAGAUUAUUGGAUCUAGACCAUUGUUCAAGGUUCAUUCGAAGACAACAAUAUUAAUACGGUCGAUGAACUACAUUCGCUACGUGGCUAGUUUGAGGCAAGGAUCCAAAAAUGUCCGGGCUGUUAACUACAUUGGCUGGCGACUGCUUCAUCUCUUUGGGCGGCAUGCGUCCAGACAGCUGGGCCAUUACGAAGACACUUUCAAAGACGUUAAGAACACGCGUCGCAUGUACGGGCGGGAGUGCCUGAUGGUGACCAAUGAUGUUAUGCCCAUGGCUGUCGGUAGAGUCUACGUGGAAGCGCACGCUCAAAUCAAGACUUUCAUUCAGGUCAACGCCAUGAUACGAAGUAUACUCUUCAGCUUCAAACAUAUGCUGUCGGAAGCAUCGUGGAUUCUUGGAGGAGAGCUCCAGACUGCCUUUGCCCAUAUUGAUGGAAUCCGAACGAUGGUCGGCAUCCCACCUUGGAUUGCAAACGAUGCACUUCUCACAGAAUACUACAGUGAUCGGAUGAUCGAUCCCUACAGUAAUUCCAUCCUUGAGCUGCUACUUAACGCCACCGCUCACGUCGCGAGGAAACGCUUUGUGACCCUCGGCAUCCAAGAAAUCAUUCUAUCUGCCAGAAUAGUGGACCUGAACCUGCACAGGUUCAACCCGCGUGAAUCUCUCCUGUACGAUGUCGUGGACAACGUUAUUCUCCUACCGACUGGUGUUCUGCAGCCACCGUACUUCGACCCGAACGUACCGUACGCUCUAAACUACGGCGGACUGGGCGUGCUGCUUCUGCACGACAUAUUCACCGAAUUCUUCCGUUUCUACUUCGAUAUCCUCAACAACAAGUGGAGGUCGAAAGUGAAAUGCAUCAAUGAUGUAGUAUACAGCCAGAAGCAAGACAGGAGCGGUGGAAUUGAAGGAGAACGAGAUACAUUGACAGCAGCCUUCACAAUGAUGAUGCUACGUCUUGCGUAUAACGCGUAUCACGACUACAUGGAUGUCGACGAAGACGACGUCCUGCCCGCAGGGGUCAAUCCUGAUCAAAUGUUCUUCCUCUCGGCAGUCAGGACCAUGUGUUCCCUAACACGCGACAAACACUGGGCGAAGCUCAUGAAGGGAGGUACGGUCGCGAAUAAUCGGUUACCGCUUCUAGAGAAGAUAGGACUGGCCCUGCAGGGCUUAGAAGAACUCCACGAUGCGUUCCACUGUAGCAGAGAUAAAAGAGGCGAGUUCUACAUGUGCUUCGAGGACGAUCCCGUCAUAGGCGAACGGCAACCCAUUUGA